AGCGGAGCUCGGGGGGCAACCGCUCAGCGGUGGGAGGAGGGCGGCCGGGGCUGGGGGCGGCUCAGCUGCGGGGCGCGGCUGCGGCGGUACGGGCAGGCCGCUGCCCCCUGCGGUAAGGCCAGUUGUUCCCAGGGUACCCAGCCUCCUCAGUUGGAGGACUGACAGGGAAAGAGAUGCCUCACUGCUAGAUGCCAGACCCAUCUUCAUCUGUGCCAAGCUGCACCUGCCAUGGCUAAGUACAAGCUUGUUCUCCUAAGACAUGGGGAAGGAGCCUGGAACAAGGAGAAUCGCUUCUGCAGCUGGGUGGACCAGAAGCUGAGCAGUGAUGGGAUAAAGGAAGCUCAGAACUGUGGCAAACACCUUAAAGCCCUGGGCUUUGAGUUUGACCUUGUCUUCACCUCUGUACUCAGACGCUCCAUCCAGACUGCAUGGCUGAUCCUGGAAGAGAUGGGCCAGGAGUGGGUCCCCAUUCAGAGCUCGUGGCGACUGAAUGAGCGCCACUAUGGUGCACUGAUUGGUCUCAACAGAGCAGAGAUGGCUCUGAAUCAUGGGGAAGAGCAAGUGAAAAUCUGGAGGAGAAGCUAUGAUGUUACGCCACCUCCCAUAACUGAAUCUCAUCCCUACUACGAAGAGAUCUACAAUGACCGCCGGUAUAAAUGCGGUGAUGUCUCCCAGGAUCAUCUUCCAAAGGCUGAAAGUCUAAAAGAUGUGCUUGAUAGACUCCUUCCCUAUUGGAAUGAAAAGAUAGUGCCAGAACUCAAAAGUGGCAAAAUGAUCCUUAUAUCUGCUCAUGGCAACAGCAGCAGGGCACUGCUCAAGCACGUGGAAGGCAUCUCUGAUGAGGACAUCAUCAAUGUUACGCUCCCCACUGGUGUGCCCAUACUUCUUGAACUUGAUGAGAAUCUGCGCCCUCUGGGCCCUCACCAGUUUCUUGGUGAUCAGGAAGCUAUUCAAGCUGCCAUCAAAAAAGUGGAAGAUCAAGGGAAAGUAAAAUCUACUGAGAAAUAAAAUCCUACUGAUUAACACAAUUAUUUUUAAAAUGUGUGUUAGUAAGUGAUAACUUCCAUAUGACUGCUAGGUUGCACUGUGUGAAAGUCUCAAUUUCAAGCACUAAGUAAUUGGAAGGGACAAUUGAGUCUCAGGUUGACAGAUAAACCCUCUGCCUUUCAGAAACUGGAAUUGAAAUCUCAGCAUGAGGUUAUGGAUACUGAAAAAUGAAAUCAAGAGAGCAUUUGGGUAAUGGAAACUUGUGGGGCAGUCUGCCCUAGAACUGGAAUUGAGGAAGUCCCAGGACAGAAAAAAGGGAUAUGCUAUUGCCAUCUACUAAUAACUAGAGCUGAUCUGUUAAGUGCUGUACAGCACCAGCUUACUGGACUAAUUAAGUCCAGGUUGUUAUAGGCACUAACACUUUUUCACUGACAGUGGUGUCAAGUAACAGUAACCCAGUAUGAUUCUUUGUCAAUGGCCAUGGCAGUCUUUCACAACACUUUAAACUGUAUAACUCUUCCUCCUUUUCUUUGGAGGUCUCCCAAGGCCAGUUCAUGAUCCAGAGGUGAAUUUUGUAGUGGUGUUUGGACUGUUAUAGCUACCACAGUUGUCUUACUCUACACUAUGCUUCAAUUUUUUAGGAAUUAAGAAUAUCCCUCUUUCACCAUCUUUAUGGAGUCUAGCAUGACUGCAUUUUCCUGGUUGCAGUAAUGAGAUGUAACUUGGACUAACCACAGACUAAGCACAAAUUUUCCUGCUCAAUGUUUAAAUGAUAAUUUAGUCCUUUAGGAGGAACCUGAACAGCUUUGAAACACAAAUAACAUGUACUAGGGACUUGAUCAGUUGUUAAAAUCAUUCAUGUUUACCUCAGUGAAACUUCAUGUAUGAAACCCCUCUCCAAACUUUCCUGAACUGCAAGGAACAGAGAAAUCUGUCCCAUAGUGAUACAGCUAUAAUAUUGUUUGUACUGAUUUCUCUGGAGGGCAAGGAAGUGAUGGGUAAGAUGUGAAAGGUGUGUUACUGUGUGCAGCUCAUACAGCUGUCAAGCUUAUCAGGGAAGGUUAUGCUGCAGUGCUUGGAAGUAAUUUCUUAUAAAGCUUUCCUCACGGUCAUAGCUGGAUUCCUGCAGUGACCUUGCUUCUCUGCUUGGCGCUAGGCGUGAGCAGUUUGCUGUUGCUGGGUGUAAUACAGUGUUCAGGCUGGGUAGUUCUGGUUUCACUUGCAACUGUGAAAAUAUUGUUACUUAUAUUUAGGUCUGACUCAAUGUCUCAAAAUUUGAGGAUCUAAGUUCUGUUCCCAGUUACCAGCAUGGGUGGCAGUUGUAUAUGCAGUAUGAGCUGAAUGUGUUCUCAGCAUGGCCCAGCUACAAAUCCAAGAAGCUGAUGAGAAUUGCUUUGAUAUGAUGGUAUAAACACUUUAGAAAUCCUAGAGGAGCUCCUUUGUAGUGAGCAGUUCUGUUAGCUUGCUUUGGAAGUGUGAAGAUGUCUUUUCCUUUGAGGAGAGCCGUGUGAUGGUGUUGUGCUUUUAACAAUCUCCCUGCUGUGUGGAGGGAGCCUUCCCAGGUCAGAUACCAGCUCACCUUAGUGUAGUGUGUAUGUCAUGAAAGACUUACAGGCUAGAUUGUAGUUUCUUACCUGAAUAAUGCUUGGGCUUCACUUGGUUUAUUUUGCAGCCCUUGCAAUAGGAACAAGUUCCUUGUUUUUUCUUAAACAUAAAGAUAGUAAUAAACUUAAAGCUGGUAGGUUGCCUCUCUUUUUGUACAAAUCAGGAUAUUCAUUUUUUUCUCUGAAAACCUGUUAGCAGCUUCCCUGCUCCUAGAUUUGUGACACUGGUUGACUUCUUUCUGGGUUUUUAGCUUUUGGUGCGUAGUUACUGAUCUUGAUUAAUACUUUGAGUCAGUGUUGUAGAGCUGCAUUGUUGAUCAGAAAACAUUUACCUGUCAAUGCCAUGUGGGAGGACCACUAGCACUGAAGUGAUGUUUCUCCAAACGUUCAAUAAUGUAUGAAGACUUUUUACCAAGUAAAAAUCGCUGUAGAAUCAUUAACAAGGCAAAUCUAGCCACAUGUCAGCAGUGGGAACUGCAUGCAUCAGGAUGUGAGCUUACUGAGUGUGGCUGUGAGUGCCUGUAUCCUCAUGGCAUUGUAGUAUUGUAAUGUAGGACUUCUUGAGGGCUUGAAAAUAGCUGGGACUACAUGAAUAAGAAGGUGGAUCAUUGUGAAGGGCAUUCAUAUCUUUCUGCAGCUGGCUGGCUGGAGUUUGAAAGCAGCCUUUCCAGAUCCAUGGAUGGUAAGAAAACAGUGAUGUUUCCAGGUAGCACUGUUUCUGCAGUGCUUCUCAGGACAGGAAUAGUGAUAGUGCCCUAGGAGGCUGGACUUCAUCUGCUUUGGUUGUGAUGACAGGAUUUUAUGUGCACAUUUGGCAGCAAUACCACAUCACAAAAGUAUCAGGUGGAACCAACUGGGGAUUUCAUUGUGCUCUAAGAUUAUUUUAACACCUUGCAGUACUUGUUUCUAAAUAGUCUUGUAAUUAAACUUGGUUCAUAAAACGUGUAUAUUGAAAAGAAACCAGCUUUCAACAGUUGCAUCAGGAAGGAUGCCUGCUCCUCAGGCAUAGCUACAUUAGAAGAACUGAGAAUCUUGCUGCUGCUGGCUUUAUAAAUCAGUGGUUGGAAAACAUUUUUAUGCAUGUUUGAGUACACCUCAAAGUCCUGUAAAGGUAACCAGUGUCACUACAAUGGAAGUUAUGGAUGUGGUUGAUUUGGAUUUACUUCUGUAUUUUUUAACUUGUGGAUCAAUAGAAGUAAUAGCUCUAGAGUAACUUUUGAAAACCUUUUGUAAAUAUGGUAGAGCUGAGAGGUUCUUUAUAACUCAAUAAAUUCACCUGAAAUAGAAUUUAA